GAAUGCGGGAAGGGCCUGUCGUCACCGACUACGUGAAAGAAGAGUACGCUUGCCGGAAUAUGACUUCCGCGGAGGAGUUCCUCCUCUUUUCCGAGAACGAGUCGACCUCAGGGUUCAUGCUUUACGACACCAGCAGCUGUGAAGGGAUCGACUUCGACUUCGGCCCCCCUGCCCAGCUGCUUCCCUCGCACAUCUCUGUAGCAAACGGCGAUCGGAGGGCGAUCGGAAAGGCAGUGACAUCGGCCGGAGGAGGCCGGAGGGUGAGGAAAAACGCGUACAGAGGGAUCCGGCAGAGGCCAUGGGGGAAAUGGGCUGCCGAGAUCCGCGACCCGAGGAAGGGCGCGCGAGUAUGGCUCGGCACGUACGACACCGCGGAGGAGGCAGCCAUGGCCUACGACGAGGCCGCCAGGGAGAUCCGCGGCAGCAAGGCGAAGGUGAACUUCCCCGGGGUCGUCAUGCCCGCGAGGAAGGGGGAGUCCGUCCUCCGCCGGCUUGCCAAGUCGAGAGAAACGCCAGCCAAGGCGGGGAAGGUAUCGUCUGCGACGCGGAAGAAGACGGAGGUCGAGGCGUCUCAGGGAGAGGCCGCGGCGGUGAAGGAGGAGACGGCGUCGUCUGAGUCAGAGGGCACAUCGGCCGCCGCGUCGACCGGGAUGAUGGGGGACGCGUUGCCGGAGGAGAUGGAGCUAGCGUUCUUGUACGGCUGGGGAGAUCCGGGGCAGAGUUGGGAAGCAUCCAGUGCGGUCAAGGAGGAGGGAGACGACGGAUUGAUGAUGAACGAUCCUCUCUGGUGCUUCGACUGAUGACCCCCCCUCAGUCAAGUCUCCCUUUUGCUUCAUCCUCAUCCUUCACUGUCCCCCCGUCUCGGAUUCUUUGCUUUCUGAUCGACUUCUUUUUUCCUUUUCCGUUUAAUCAUACCACGUACAUAUACAAUUUUUUCCUCCCUGCUCCCUUCUUACUUGUAUAACGCUCUCUCCCUUCAUAUGGACAUAUGUAGUUAAUUAUUUCUUCCCUU